CACCUUUUAUCAACCUCCCCUUCAUCCCAAUAAAAAUUUAUGCAACUCAAACUUUUCCAACACAGCAUUUGGAAAACCAUUUAGAAUUUUAUUAAGAAUGUAUAACAUUGUACAGGUAUUCAAAUACUGGUAUGAUACAUAAAUACCUUACUGAAAGGACAACACCUUUAAAUAUAUUGACUGCUUUGUCUGUUAAAUAGACAGGAACUUGUGAACACAUCUAUUAUACAGAAUUUCUCAUUCAACAGAAUUCACUGUAUCCACAUCAGCAAAGCAGCGUGAGCAUGGGCUUUUGGCCAGGAUGAGGAAGUAGCCUUGUUAUGUAGAACUGGAUGUCAUAAUGAUUUCCUAAAACAAAACAAAACAAACAAAAAAACCCCAUACCAAACCCACCAAACCUCAUUUUAUUCAUAUAUCUCAAACUUUAUGCUACAUUUAAAUCCAAAGUCCUUUCGUGUAUUUUGACUUAACUGGAAUGUGUAUAUAUGCCUGUGGUGUGUGAAUAUUUCAUCUGUCAGAAUUUCUUUUUGGUUAGGAUUUGAUAGGAUACAUAGAUUUUAAAAUAAUUAAAACCUGCAUUUUAAUUUUGAUUGAUCCUGUAUGUGAAAUUUGAACACAAUUAUUGUAUGUAACACCAAUCACUUUGUUUAACAUCACAUUAAGAUACAUGGCAGAAAGAGUCCUGAAUCAGGAGUCAGAAGUCCUGCGUUAUAGGCCAAGGUUUGCAUCCAAGUAGCCAUGUGACCAAAAACAAGUCCCUUAACCACAGUUGGCCCCAGUUUCUACAUCUUUAAAAGGGGUUGGAAUAAAUGAUCUUUUAAAUCUCUUCCUACUCUAAUGUUCUUUGAAUCUUAAAUAAAGGCCUCUUGAAUUCAUUACGAUUUUGUGAGAUGAAAUACAAACUGUUACUUCAUUUUGGAACCAAGGAUCCUAACAUUUAAAAAAAUUUACAACUCCCUGAAUCAGAAACAUUCUGUUUUCUUAACCUUAAAAUAUAUUAGCCUGUAGAGUUUAAACAAUAUCCAAUCUGAGACCAGUCUUGAAUUUUACAGUUUUGAGAAAUGAAAAUUAACUUUCAUGUCUUUUUCUCAGCUCCUAGAAGAUAAAAUAUUCCUAAUGAUGGUUACUGAACUUUUUUGAUGCCCUAAAUUGGUGAAGAGAGAACACUAAAUAGACAAGUAAGGAAGCUAUCAAAACUUCACUGUAAAUUUUUAAGAGGCUUCAGGUCAGGGAAUGUGGGAGAUGAGUAAGACCACGGUGGCCCUUCCUUAUUGGAAACUGUUCAUCUUUUUAAUAAAAUACAAAUUAUGAAGUCAGAAAUAUGAGUUCUUCCAGAUUCUAUUUAAUAAACCUUAAACUUACUAAAAACCAACUAAAACGGGAAAUAAGUUCUAAACACAAACGUUCCACGUUGGGGUGACAGGAAACCCCUCAUUUUUAUUGAUCUGUUAAUUAAGUGAAUUUGCUUAUUUAAAAAUAUGGAGAUAAGGAAAAAAAGUAUUUUAUCUCUACUAGAAACAAAGCUUAAAUUCCCCUCCCCCCACUAUUUCUGCAGAAGCUGGUGGGCUUUCUUCCUCCUGCAGUUUCUAAGAACAAUUCCAAGAAAAGAAGUCCUUUGAGAUAGCAGCCUCUGAUGAGCUCAGAAACACCCAUGAUCUCGUUCUGCAGUAAGGGAUGAUUGACCAGCUAUUAGAGCAAGUAGCAAAUCAGGAACACAAAUCUGAAGAAAUUAUUAGAUAUUGAUUUCUUACAGGAAACUAACUGUUCAAGCACAUAAAAACAAACCCCUCUCCACUUGCUUUUUGGAAAGGAGACUACAGAUGAACAUGCAAAAGUGUAAAUUGGUAGUGGGGCAUAUGUGGGGGAAAAGUACCCAUUUAGCAAUGGGAAAUCACAACUUCCACUGCAGAUCCCCUGCGAGAUGUCAACAAUAGGGAUUCUGACUUUGAAAAUCCCCGUUUUCCAACUAAAUGAUUGAAAAGUCCAAGUAUCAGACUAGUUACAAGCUGCUGUUAGCUUCAUGACCCAGAGCCUGCUUGACCCCACAGAUCCUGUGUCUCAGCUCAGCCGGAGCUCUUUUUGAAUCUCCUGGGUGUUACUGUGAAAACAUCACAGUUUAAUCCCUCUUUCCUGCGGUUUAAUUAGGAUCUCCUUCAAACUGAAAGUUGAUCUCUCGCGGACCCUUUCCCAGCGGAACUGGUGAAACAACGCUGCCCCACGUCCUGGGCUUGGGGUGACAAGCUAGCACUGAGAACAAAGCUUGGGCUCCUGUAUUAAUUAGGUCUUCAGGGACACUUAACCCUCCUCUCCACUCUGCCCUCUUCCACUCUGCACCCUUGUCCCCCAUCCCACGCGCAGCUUUGCUCUAUUCCUGACACACUUCUAUCCGAAAGGGCCAUCUUCGUGAUUUCCAGUUAGGUCAUUCAAAGUCGAAAGUUUCAGCUCUCCAAGUCUCGUCCUUUGAUUUACAAUCCAAAAUUGUAAGGCCAGGAGGAGGAGCGGGAGGGGUGAGGACCAGCGGGUUGGUGUGGAAGGAAAGGAUUGUGUCUGCGCUCUAUUCCUGUAUCUAUGAGCUACGGUAAUAUUAUGUAGAGAACUGGGCACGGAUGGCCAGGCAUGUCCAAUUAUACCAGUGACUAAACGUAUUUACUUGCCUGGCCUUCUGCUCUAAUCCCGUUGGGUCUGAUUUAAUCCCUCACGCGGAGUAAGGGUAAAAGAUCACCCAGUAUCCCCCACCCAGGAGCCAGUCGUCCCCAGCCCUUGUUGUGUAUGUGUGUGUACCUUUCGGGCGUGUGUACCUUCUGAACCUGGACCACCUGCAGAUGAAAAUCCUAGGAACUGGGCUAACUGAGAAAGACUAGGGUCCGACGGAGAGCAGAGCCCUCCACGUCCAUAUCCUAUUCAAUUCCACCGCGUCUGCAUAUCUGUCGUUGCUUUUUGCCUCGGCCUGUCAGAGUUCGAAGAUUGGGAGUUAGGGGCAGCCGGGGGAAACAGAAGCUCCUUUGAUUCAGGUGAUGGUGUGGCGCCACAGCUGUCCUUGGUGGGCAGUCUGGGACUCCCUCCCAAAGGUUGCAUUUCUAAAAAGCUUUUCUGCCCCAGCAGCCCCCCAACCCCUCGAAGCUGGGACGGCUCCAAGUCCGGUGGAUUCCACCUUCUUAUCUCCUGUGGGCAUUUUAGCCAGGGCAUGGCUCACCUGUGCUAGGAGAGGGGGAAGGUGGCAACUUUCACACAGAUGAAAGAUGAAAGAGAUCGGGACUUUGAAGGACGCUUGCCAACUCCGGUAAUCGAUAGUGGGGGCCGCUUCUCGGGUGACUUGAGUCUGAGCUGGUUUGGUUGUGCGGGAUGCGUUUAGGGGUGUGGGACUUGUUCUUAGUUUACCCUUCUUCCAGCCUGCUCCCCUUUGCAUGAUGAACCAUGAGUUACUUUCUGUCCUACUGCAAAGCUCACGGAGGCGCCAUCCUCACCCACUACCAGGCCCUGCGCGACGAGGGCUUCCUGUGCGACGUGAAGCUGGAGGCUGAAGGCAGCGAGUUCCCGGCGCACAGGUCGCUCCUGGCGUGCUCCAGCGACUACUUUAAAGCUCUAUUCAAGAGCUACACGCAGGAGUCUCAGGCCCCAGUCAUUCACCUGCAGGUGCCAUCGGCCACCGGCCUUCAGCGCCUCCUGGACUUCAUCUACACUGCCUGGUUGCCCCUGUCCAUGGACACGCUGGAAGACACGCUGGAGGCCGCCAGCUACCUGCAGGUGAGCGAGGCCGUGGGCCUAUGCAGCCGCUACUUGGUGCGUCACCUGGGCCUGGAGAGCUGUUGCUUCGUGGCCAACCUCGCCACCCGCUUUGGCCUGUCCGACGCGCAGUCAGCGGCCGAAAGCUUCAUCGGGCGCCACAUGAGAGAGCUGCUGGACAGGGGCCCCGAGGAGGCGGGGCUUCUGGAGCUCAACCCGGGCUCGCUUAAGGCGGUGCUGGGCUCCCCAGAUGUGCCGUACGUGGCUGAGGCCCGGUUGCUGAGCCUGGUGCUCGUCUGGUUGCUGCGGGAUCCAUCCGCCGAGCGCCAACCGCACUGCUCCAGUCUUCUGGAACGCAUCCGCUUCGGCCUGGUGCCCCCCGAGGUGCUUCGUCGGGUCUAUUCGGGCUCGGGCCUCAGCCUUCCCAUCCGAGUGAAGGGCCUAAUAAUCCAGGCUAUCAGCUAUCACAGAGCCACCUCCCGCCAGCCCCUAAUGCAGAGCGAGCAGACGAGCUGCAGGAGCCCCCAAACUCGCAUCUUACUGGUCGGGGGGCGCCGGGCCAAGGAGGCAGUGACUCAAGAUGCUGAAGAUGCUCAAAUCCCUCGAGGAGAGAAUAGAGGCGAUAUUGGGGAAGCUGCAGAUGAGCAAGCUGAACAGGAGGUUCAACCUGAGGAAGUAGAUGAGUGGGAACUGACCCAAGAUGUGGUCUCAUUCGACGUGUACAACCACCGCUGGCGCAGCCUCACCAGACUACCCACCCCGUUGCAGGGACACUGUGUGUGCACUAUAGGCAACUUCCUUUACGUGCUGGGAGGGGAGAGCCCAGCAGGCAGCCCAGCUUCUGUUUCUCCAACCGUUCCACUGGAGGUCACGGCCCAAGUGCACCGCUAUGACGCGCAGUUCCACGUGUGGGCUCCCAUGCCUGCCAUGCAAAAGGCUCGGGCCCACUUCUGGUGUGGCGCUGUGGGGGACAACCUCUUAGCCGUCGGGGGUGGUGCGGGCGGGGCCGCCCUGGCCUCUGUAGAGAUAUACGACUUGGGCCGAGGCUGGACAGCGGCCAAGGAGUUGCCACAACCAGUGUAUGGUCACGCCGGGGCAGUAGGGGCCUGUGGCACCGUGUAUAUAUCCGGGGGCAAGCUCGGAGGGCGGCCGGAGGAUGGAGGUUUGGAACGGGGUGGCAGCAUUCGGGAUGUGUACUCCCUCAGCCCACAGGAGAGGGUGUGGAGUAAGAGGGCACCGAUGAGCAUCGCCCGCUUUGGACACCACAUGGCUACGCUGCGCGGCGCGGUGUUUGCUUUCUUGGGGCGCUAUGAGCUCUUUUCAGAGAUUGAGCGCUACGAUCCCGGGGCAGAUCAGUGGACUCGGUUGCGGCCUCUGCUCUAUGACCGCUUCUGCUAUGGGCUGGCCGUGGUAGAGGAGACUGCACUUCUGUUAGGUGGGUUAAAGUGGCAAGAUUCCAGACAAGUGCCCACCCGCAACGUGGUAGGCUAUGAUUUGGACCUCGACUGCUGGGAGGACAUUGGUUGCGACAUGCCCCAGGCUUGGAGCGGCCUGAAGUGCGCAGUGUUGCAAUUAGCGGAAGAAGAGGAAGAGGAAAGGGUGGAAAAGAUAAAGAAAGUGGAAACACAGGCUGAGGUGCAUUAAAUCAUGCUC